AUGGACGCUCUCAACUUUAUCCUCUUCGACCUCAACCCGCGACUCGUCGAGAGUUGGAAGACGGAGUUCGAUAAGAUCGUACCUCCUGAAUGCGCAAAGCACGUCGAAAUCAAGCACUGCACACUGGGAAAUCUCCAAAAGCCCAUCGACUGCCUCGUUUCCCCCGCCAAUUCCUUCGGUCGUCUUGACGGAAGCUACGACGCAGUCCUUUCUGAAGCCUUGGCCCCUGCCUCAGAUCCUGAUGCGCUCACACGCGCGGCCCAGACGACCCUCUACGCACGCUGGCGCGGCUUCGCGCCGCCCGGGACCUGCACGCUCGUCCCGCUCACGGGAACGCCAUGCGCGGACAACCCGACCGGAUGCCGCGUGCUCGCGCUCUGCCCCACGAUGCGCAUCCCGAGCUCGGUCUCGUGGCACCGCGAGAUCGUGUACAACUGCGUGUGGUCGCUGCUCGUGGCCGUGGACCAGCACAACGCGGACGCGGGCCCCGGGGAACGUAUACGCAACGUCGCGAUGACCGGACUGGCGACGGGCGUCGGGCGCGUCCCCGUGGAGGUGUGCGCGGUGCAGACCGCGCUGGCGUUUGCGCACUUUCACGAGGCGAAGGCUGAUCCGGAGAAGUGGUCGCGGUUGGAAUGGGGGGAUAUCAUGGAGAUGCCGCUGAGUGAUCCCAGUAGCCCUCACCGUAAGCGUUGA